AAUGCUAAAUUGUAUUUAUUUUUUGGAAGCGGCCGAAUUUAUUAUUAUUUCCGAUCUGGAUGAUGUUUUAAUACCACGUAUGGGGGAUGGAAGUUUUCUUGGAGAAUUUAGACAUUUAAGUGCGCAAUUGCCUAAUUCAGCUGGAUUCUAUUAUAAUCGUUAUAAUACUCAUCUAAUUACAAGCAAUGAUCCAAAAGAUUUUUCAUUAUUAUCAUUAAUAAAUGGGGCUAGAAUUGCUGAAGAAUGGGAAGAUCCAAAGUAG